AUGGAGAGCUCUGUCUAUGUGCAUCAGGAAAUUUUCAAUGGUCAACAAAAAUUUUUGAUCAUGAAAACUGCUUUUCCUUUUAAUAAAAAUAUUCUUAACAAGAAGUACACUCUUCUAAUUUCAGGCCCAGAGACAAAGAAAACUAUUGGACAAAAUACUUGCUCUUCUCCCCUAAUUAUUCCUGACUCUCUCUACAAGGAGAGUGAUCUAUUCAUUCUCUGUCAGAUGCAACAGAAAGGAGAUGGGUGGCUAGAAGACGUACUAAGCUGGGGAAAUCACAUAGGGAGAUUAAUUCAAGUCAAGGAAACAGUUUGUGUAAGACACAGUCGUAAAGAAAUAUUAAGGCUAAUGGACUCUACUAAAGAUGUGGAUGACAUAAAAAUGGAAGAGGAGAGGAGAUAUGCAAACAUGGACAACGAACAGACAGAUAUUUCAGUUUGCAAUGGCCUGGAGUUUUCUAUGGAUAUGAGAGCUAAACAGCUAUUGGUAAAGAGGAAGAGCUUUGAAGAUUUUGGUGUUUUUCCUUUGUGUCCUUAUAGCAGUGUUUUCCCCCUGCCGAAGUUUUUCCUCUCUGUAAAGGAUCAAGCCUCUUUGGGGUCUGCAAUGGUGCCAGGGGUAGGUCUGAUCCGUCUUGAAUUUCUGUGUGCACAAGUCACAUACGAGUGCAUAAAUAACUUUUACCCUACAACUCGGGGAACAACAAUAAAAUGCACAAUGGCAGGAUGGGUACCAAGUCCAAGAUGUUCUUUCAAAAAUUGUGAAUUUCCAAACAUAACACAUGGAUUCCUAUAUAAGGAAAGCAGAUACAAACCAGAGUUUCCAGUACCUGUAGGAAAACAGUAAUACUAUAGAUGUCAUGAAAAUUUUGCGACGCCUUCCGACUCCACCUGGGAAUACAUCAAGUGCACACAAACAGGAUGGAAGCCAGAAGUGCCUUGCCGCAGAAAAUGCCUCUUCAAUUUUUUGGAAAAUGGAAAGUGGUCAUGGAGAUCAAAAACAUAUUACCAAGGUGAAUCGAUGAUACCUGAGUGCAAUCCUGGCUUUAGUCUUCCAAAUGGGCAGACAGUCAUGACAUGUACAGAGAAUGGCUGGUCCCCUCCUCCCAAAUGUGUCCGAAUCAAAACAUGUUCACAUUCAGACAUAGAAAUUCAGAAUGGUUUUUUUUCUGAAGCUACUACUCAAUAUCCCUUAAAUAAACAAGCAGAAUACAAGUGCAAACCAGGAUUUGCAACAGCAAAUGGUGAAACUUCAGGAACAAUUACCUGUCAGCUAACUGGAUGGUCAGCUCAACCUAAAUGCUUUAAAUCUUGUGAUAGGCCGGGAUUUGAGAAUGCUCUAAUUAAAAGAAUUGGUGCACGGUUUAUGCUCAAUGACCAGCUGGAGUAUCAAUGCAAACCUGGCUAUGAAACCAAAGCAGGAAGGACCGGUGGUUCCAUAGUGUGUGAGCUCAACGGUUGGUCUGAUCAACCUUUAUGUCUUGAAAAACAAUGCACUGUUCUGAAUUUAGAUGAAAACAUAUUGGCUAUGCCCUCAAAAAGAAAAUAUAGAAUUGGAGAGGUGUUGAAAUUCUCUUGUCGUAAUGAACUUGAGAGAGUUGGACCAGAUUCAAUUCAGUGCUAUCACUUUGGAUGGUCUCCUAAUCCUCCAACAUGUAGAGAUCGUGUUAAACGUUGUGGUUCCCCGCCUUCACUUUUGAAUGGAAAAUCGACAGAAGUGGAGAGAGAAGCCUAUGAACACAGUACCAUGGUGGAAUAUGUUUGUGAUCCUCAGUUUCUGAUGAAAGGUUCUAGGAAGAUUCAGUGUGUUGAUGGAAAUUGGACACCUCUGCCUAUGUGCAUUGCGGAGAAGAGUACAUGCCGAGAUAAACCUGAACUUGAGAAUGGCUUUGCUGAUUCCUCCGCUCCUCUUUAUUAUCAUGGAGAGUCAAUCGAGUUCAAAUGCAUGGAUGGAUUCACAAUGAUUGGAGAGAAAUCAGUUACAUGUUUCCGUGGAAGAUGGACCCAACUUCCUAUGUGCAUCGGUCAAACAAUACAGGUCUGCCCACCUCCACCUCAGAUUCCCAAUAGUCAAAUUAUGACGACUACAGUCAAUUACCGGGAUGGAGAAAGAAUAUCAAUUCUCUGCCAAGAAAAUUAUCUAAUGCAGGAAUCAGAAGAAAUGGAGUGCAAAAAUGGAACCUGGCAGUCAAUACCACGCUGUGUAGAAAAACUUCCAUGUUCUCAGCCACCUCAGAUUGAACAUGGAAGCACUACAUCAGCUAGGUCUUCACUGGGGCCCGAAGUUUACCCACAUGGCACCAUACUGAAUUACACUUGUCAAGCUGGUUUUAAGAUAUUUGAAGAAGACAACAAGAUAACGUGCUCCCUGGGAGAAUGGAGUAUUCCACCUCGGUGUGUAGGACUUCCUUGUGGAACUCCACCUCAGAUUUCCCAUGGUAUACCUCAGUUACACAACGGAGAUGGUUACCAAUACGGAGAAGAAGUUAUGUACAGCUGCGCUGACGGUUAUAGAAUUGAUGGAUCUGCAAUCUCAACAUGUUUAGGAGGAAAAUGGUCCAGUCCACCAGAAUGCAUAGAAAGUGUUGCUUGUAGUCCUCCACCCAGGGUUGAACAUGGUAUCAUACAAAAUGAGAUGGUGAGGUAUCCAUCUGGUGUGCAGGUGCGUUAUGAAUGUGAAAAGCCUUUUAAACUCUAUGGAGACACAGCAGAAGUGCAGUGUUUAGAUGGCAAAUGGACAACACCUCCUCAAUGUAAAGACGCUGUAGGAAAGUGUAGUCCCCCUCCACCUAUAGCAAAUGGAGAUACUAUUUCACAGCAACUUAAGGAAUAUGCUCCAGAAUCAAGAGUUGAUUACCAAUGCCAAUCUUAUUAUAGACUCGAAGGACACAGGACUAUAGUAUGCCGCAAUGGGCAGUGGUCAGAACCACCCAAAUGCAUAAGUCCCUGUGUAAUAUCAGAAGACAUCUUAAAUGAACAUAAUAUAACGUUCCGAUGGGUGGAUACAAAGAAACUUUAUACUGAGUCAGGGGACUUUGUUGAAUUUGACUGUAAACGGGGAUAUCGUAGAACGUCACCAGAUGAAACAUUUCGAACAACCUGUCAUGAUGGAAAAUUAGCAUAUCCCACUUGUGCUUUAAAUUAA